AUGUCCAAGUGUGAACAGCUACGGGUCGGCGGUCGUAAUGAAAAGAUAAAAGUGACGAGCGACAGUAGAGCUCUACGGGUCGGCGGUCGUAAUGAAAAGAUAAAAGUGACGAGCGACAGUAGAGCUCUACGGGUCGGCGGUCGUAAUGAAAAGAUAAAAGUGACGAGCGACAGUAGAGCUCUACGGGUCGGCGGUCGUAAUGAAAAUAUAAAAGUGACGAGCGACAGUAGAGCUCUACGGGUCGGCGGUCGUAAUGAAAAGAUAAAAGUGACGAGCGACAGUAGAGCUCUACGGGUCGGCGGUCGUAAUGAAAAGAUAAAAGUGACGAGCGGCAGUAGAGCUCUACGUGUCGGCGGUCGUAAUGAAAAGAUAAAAGUGACGAGCGACAGUAGAGCUCUACGGGUCGGCGGUCGUAAUGAAAAGAUAAAAGUGACGAGCGACAGUAGAGCUCUACGGGUCGGCGGUCGUAAUGAAAAGAUAAAAGUGACGAGCGACAGUAGAGCUCUACGGGUCGGCGGUCGUAAUGAAAAGAUAAAAGUGACGAGCGACAGUAGAGCUCUACGGGUCGGCGGUCGUAAUGAAAAGAUAAAAGUGACGAGCGACAGUAGAGCUCUAUGGGAGUCUUGA